AUGUCCAUUGCUUACAUACAACAAAAAUCUUACUUACUUCUCGCUCUCAAGUGGGAUAAUCCUCUCGCCAGCCAGGUUAUAAAUGAUAAGUCGGAUUUAGUGAAUCACCUCCCCGACACAAUGAAAAAAACGUUCCUUAAACCUGCCCGACGAAUGGUGCCUCAGAACUUUUCAGCGAUCAGAGAAAUGUGUGGAAAUUUUGUAGCAAGUUUCAGCGAACAUCAGACAGAAAGUACGCCGAGGCCGUUAAAACAUGAUAGCUCUUGGAAAGAGUCGUUAGAAAUUC